AUGGAACAUAACACCACUCUACUUGACACCUGGCGCAACCACAUACUCGGCCCGAGACUGCAGGAAGUCUACAGUGGGAAAUCAGCUGAGGAGCGUAAAGGGGUCUACGCAUCGCGGAUCAGGUCCAUACUGGAGAGGUUGCUUGGCGUAGCAUCACUUGAGAUGGCGAAGAAGGGUUAUGAGCUUCUUAUACAAGAGGCGAACUUUCCUCUCAAAAGCCCCCAUCCAACAGUCGCCGCGAUGAUGACUCUGAUCGUCUCAAAAGCGGGCGACCCUGCACUCUUAACUUCAAGGAGAAGGUUUACGCGCGCGGUGGAUGCGGCUUUGGAUUGUGAGGGCGCAAAAGACAUUCGCAUGUGGUAUGGAGAUGCUCGAUGGUGGGACUACAUUGACCAGGAGCCUGAGAGUGAGCCAGAGGUCUUGGCCCCGGCGAAUCCACCCGGUACAAUGUUCUCGCGACCGAGCCAGCUUGCGUCAGGUGUGAAGAUAGAGAGCCCUGCACUCGAAUCCCUUCCGCCACCAGAUGGUCGCCACUCCUCUGCGCACUUCCGUCAGUGGCAGGCAGAUCGCACCCGCGGGAAGGACACCUCAUUGCAUAAUUCACGCGCGUCGCCCGGAGUUGCACGCCUCAUGACCAGCGCUGUCAAUCAUGACCUACCAGAUGGCAAUGCGUUCUUUGUCGGUCUCAAGUGCGAGAAAGACAAUAGUAAAGUCCGAGCCAUCGAUGUCAGCGACGACGAAGAGUUGCAGCACCGACCAGAGCUUGUGCCGAAACAACAACCCUUCAAAGAGAAGCCGAAGAUGAAGCCAAAGUCAGCAACGACGUUCCACGAGAGGUCUCGGAACCCCGCUACGUGGUACGUGCGCGGCGUGCGGUACACGCCCGACCGCCCGGCGGAGCAGGUCUUCGACCAUCUUGAACCCGGCCAGCAUCUGGAUCUAUUCAGUCUUUUCCAGUUACCAGAGAUGCAUGGGAUGCGUCAGGCGGACUUGUCUGUAUACGUCAUCCCUUCUGCUGGUCAGAAGAUCAAAAUUGGAGACAAUGUUCGUUUCCUGCAUCCAAAUGGAUUUCGAGGCACGAAACCGCAGUUGAGGACUCCGGAGUUGCACGUCCGGGUGAAUUUCCUGCAAAAGCUCCUCGACCGAGGCAUUCUGAAGGAAUGGCCGGACUUUAUUGAUGAAGAUGGUCAGAUCAACCACAAAGACUUUGCGAAAGACCCAGCGUUUGAUGUCAGCGAAGCAACGUCGUUGUUUACGAAGGUGCCUCCUUACUACGCUUCGGAAGACGAGUACCUGGCGGUGUAUCCUCGUUGUCAUGAAGUCCAAGUCCCUGCUUUCGUCAAGCAAGAGAACAAUGAGCCAGUCAUGGGCCACGACGUAGAGCAGCCGGACUUGAAUCAGGAUGCGCCCCUUGCUCUAUACGACCCCCAUAGCGCGGUCUACAAGCCGUACGGGGAGAGUUUCCGCUUGCAAGGGGAUGCCGAUUCGAUGCAGGGGGAGACCUCUCGAAUGGAUGUCGGGUUUCAAAGCCAGGACGCGGGGGGGUUGCAGAGCUUUGAGGAUUUCUUGAACACCUCGCCAUGGGAAAUCGACGAUAUGCCUGCACGGGUUCUAGCGUCGCUAUCGCAGGCGGCUGAGGCACAUGCUCAGACUAUCGGGAUGCCAUCGCAGGCCCUCGAGACGGCAUCGCAGGCUCCCGAGCAGCCAUCGCAGGUUCCCGAGCAGCCAUGGCAGGCUCCCGAGCAGCCAUGGCAGGCUCCCGGGCAACCAUGGCAGGCUCCCGAGCAACCAUGGCAGACCGUCGAGACUUCACUACAAGCUGUUGGGAUGUCAUCGCCGUCCGUUGAAAGGGCAACACAAGCCGUGGAGCCACCACCGCAAACCGUCGAAAGAGCAUCGCAAACUGUAGAGGUGCCAUUGCAGACCGUCGAAAGGGCGUUGCAGACCGUAGAGACGCCCUCGUUCACCGUCAACAAAUCCUCGCAGACCGCCGAAACGCGCUCGCGCGCCAUCGAGAAGGCAUCACAAACCCUCGAGAUGCGCUCGUUCACUGUCGACAAGUCAUUGCAGACCCGUGAGACGCCAUCGCUGGCCGACAAGAUCCAAGCGCAGGCUAUCGGAGCACCCGCCCAGACUAAUGCAAAGCACGGGAUAGCCUGCGAAACCGAUACGUCAUGGAAGGCUGGACCCCUAUCGACCCCGACAUCGCCGGAACCCUGUGCAAGAUCGCCCGUCCAGUCAAGAUCCAUGUCUGCAGAUGUGACGCACAUCCGCGCCCAAGUGGACAGCUUCCUGAGCAUCGUGACCGAGAUGCAUGAGCGAGUGCGCGUUAUCCAGACCGCCCUCGGUGUACCGGAUUCUCAUCACGGCGCAUCGUCAUAUCCUUCAGGGAUUUUGCGGAUGAUGCCCGGCCCCGCCCUGGAGCUCACGAACAUACCCCAGAUUGUAGCCAAUGGCGAGGACAUUCAGACAGCAGAGGCAGCUCGGCCCGUUGCCGAAUCCGGGACGUCCGAGUCGGUUAGCACGUUUCCCUCAGACGAGGAAACUCGACCGUGGAACGCAUCUGCAGGUGACUGGCACGCCAUUCCCGAUGAUACCUUGGCCUCUUCAUCGAUCGGCUGCAGCAGUACUGCUACGGUUCCCUUCGUGAACGCUUCCCCUGCGCCUUUCAUACUCCCUGAAAACAACCACGAGCCCCAGCUUGAGGGUGUCUCUGUCAUUGAGGGACCAGCAGGUUCUCCAGCAUCUCAACCUGUGAUGCAGGCAGACGUCGUGGACAAAGAAACCGAAUGCGACGUCGACACAACGGCGUACGAAGUGGACCUGCCGACGCCUAGCUAUCAUCUUAUGCGCGCAGACUACCACGGGUAUCGGGCGGAUCUCCCCACGGCUGUCAAUUGCGCGCCCCAUAUCAACACAGGGAUGGUAGAGAACAAGGGCCAUCAAAUCCAGUUCAGAACGAGCGAUGAACUCGAAUCCGCCUCGCAUCUUCUGACACUCGCCGCUUCCAACGAUGCGGCCACUCCCCGUGCUGCGCUGUUGCCGCCAAAUAGUCUUCUCGCUUCAGACGCAUCGGCUCGGUCAGGAAGGACUACAGGUUUUCUCACGCUCCAGGAAGAGAUAGCACGAGCGUCUACAAGCAGUGAGACGACGCGUCGCGCGUCCCGGGUGACACCGACGACUCCAUACAUGCCCAGGAUUGUUGAAGCGCGGGCGGAGAAAUCGUCUCCCGCGGCCGCGGACGAAGUUGAGGACGAGGCUCUCUCAGAUUGGACUGCAGGUCGAAGGGCAGACGAGCAGCUCGCAGGAGACAUGGACGAUGAUCUGCACGGCGACCAAUACCGCUCACAGCAUGGGCGGAAGAAAGGACUUGUCAACGCAGAAGAUGGACGGGUCGGGGGUGAUGGAACGGUGGAGAACCAUGGAACGAAAAGGAAGGCGAGGCACAAGGCGCGCACAAAGGUGAAGGCAACGGCAGCGGCAACGGCGAAGAAGAACGGAGGGAUUGGGUCGUUAGACGAAACAGUGAAGGGGAGCGGGGAUCACAGGCAGGAAGACAUUGCUCCUCAGGUCGAGCAAGCGUCGAAACGGGAGAGCGCUCCUUCGACAAUUGGCCCCACGCUACGUCUUACCAGAAGCAGGGCGUCGUCUAUCGAUUCUGCUGGACAUCGCGAAGAUCAAUUCGUCGCAGCUCCUUCGCGUCACACCAGAAGCAGAGCAUCGUCUGUGGAAACCGCCCAAGUCAUCGAAGGGCAGGCAGUCAUCCCGAGGAGCAGGAUGUCUUCCGUCGCGGAGGCGGUACCGGUGCCAGUGACGAAUGGUCAACAGGUGCAGGCUGCUGAACGCAAGCGCAAGCGUGCGAAUGCGGCUAUUGAUGCUAUGCCCAGCAUGGAUCACCCCGUCGGCCGGCCAGCGUCUGUGAAGCGACAACGUGUGGUCACUCGACAUGAGUAG